AUGGCGAGCAUACCACUGGCAAUCAGCCGUGCCAGCACCUUUCAUCAUCUGGACGACGACGUGCUACUCGAACUGGUCUCCUAUCUACACUGGUUCAAUCUAGCCAAUUUAUCCACGACGUGUCGCCGUAUGCGCAUCAUAUGUAUCCCAGCCCUAUUUUCCACUGCUUCCAUUCGUGCCCAGUGUCUUUCAUCAAGAACCGUGAACGCUCUGCCGGAGCAGGCUCGAUUUUGCGUACGUACUCUGAGGCUCAACGGCUUCUUCGAUCGCCCAUACCCAGAGUCUGGUCUGACCCGGUUACCACCUGCUCCGAAGAGGGUCACUGAAGACAUCGAAUCUCGCGCAGCAGCGAAUUUAUCGACCAUCAUUCAUUCAAUGCCUCAUCUGGAGACCGUCAUUAUAGACAGCCCUUAUAGGUUCUACCGGUGGCUUGGGAGGAACCCUCCUACAGUCGGGGUGCCUUUCGAUGUUCUCAUGGUCAUCCUGCGCGCUUCAGACAUUCGGCAGAUGAUUGUCAACCGCAUACUGUACCAUGAAGACGACUUCAUCCCCGAAACGCCACAUCUUCCCCUUCACAUUCCACGCAUCAAAUCGUUCCGCUACGUGCUGCCGACGUAUCGGGAAGGAACUCGAGCGUAUGACGCCGAGGCCGCUGUUCUCAAGCUCAUCAUUCCGCCGCUCGGCGGCUCCGUCACAACGCUUCACCUCCCUACCGAGAACGCGCCGUUUCACGAGAUGUCGCUUUGCGAAUGGCCGGCACUCCAAGAGCUCGCGCUCGAGGGCGAACAUCUCGCGCUCGCCGGCGUCACUCCCACGCCGUACAUCUCCUUCCUCGCACGGAUGCCCCACCUUCGUCGUCUCCGCCUGCACAUAGCAGAUGUACACAGGGCUCCUAUGUCACCUCUACUAUCAGCAAUAGAGUCACCUCCGGCGAUAUGGCCCACCUCAGCCCCCUCGAUGUCAAAGCCGCCUCUACAGGCACUUGAAGAGCUCACCGUCAGCCAUCCUCGCGUCGACGACCAGUUGUGGGGACAACUGCCUCCUAGCCUGCGGAAUGUACGGCUUCGUUCGUGGCCGUACCACAGGUCGCUCGAGCACUUGGGCGAAGGUCGGAAUUUCCCUCUGGCGGGGACCACCUUGUGCUGGAGCUCGCCGCAUGUCCCAUCCUCCAAGCUCUCCCACAUAAUCACCUCCUAUCGCGAGUCGUGCAACGUGACAAAACUAGAGCUUGAAUACCACACCAACGAUAAAGAAUCGACGCUGCUGGAGACUGUCGCCGCCGCGUUCCCGGCUCUGCAGAGGCUGACGCUCUCACGGAACGACGACCACAAGGGGACGAAAGCAGCAUGGGCAGACAUCAUCGACGUUGCCGAAGCGCUGCGUGGUCUGCACGACUUGUGUUCUGUCAGAAUGUUCAUUGGAUGGAACAAAGAACGGGAAAUCGGCCUCGGAGCCUUCGACGGAGCCCCUGCUGAAGUACAAACCGAGGCGGCGUCGAUGCGUGAACAGGAACCGGAUGUGGCGAUAUGGUGUCUCGAGCUGAUCGCUAGAGUGUUCGUGCGAGUGCUGGGCCCGGCCAUUGAAUUUGUAGAUCUGGCUUAUCCCGGGACCGAGUGGUGCUGGAUCAGAUUCCGGCCGAAUGACCUGGAUAUGCGUAUGCGGGAGGAGAGACUAGUGCCUUGGUGGUAG